GUUGUGAAUGUGCCCUUAAAAGCUGACGUCAAAACUGACAAGUCUCUUAAUGUCUAAAACUGACAGUCUUGACGCUUCCUUUUUUUGACGACUUGUUCGGUAAAGUCGCACGUGGAAAAUAAAGUUUAGGUCAACAUGGUUGCCCAAAAGAAGCAGAAAAAAGCUAUUGAAAGCAUUAACAGCCGUCUGGCUUUGGUAAUGAAAUCUGGAAAGUAUUGUCUAGGAUACAAACAAACUUUAAAAACUCUUAGGCAUGGCAAAGCAAAGCUUAUAAUCAUUGCCAACAACACUCCAUCUUUAAGGAAAUCAGAGAUUGAGUACUACGCCAUGUUAGCCAAAACUGGUGUCCAUCACUACACUGGAAACAAUGUGGAAUUAGGCACUGCCUGCGGUAAAUACUUCAGGGUGUGCGCCAUGUCCAUUACUGAUCCUGGCGACUCUGAUAUCAUAAGGUCAAUGCCUUCUGGUGAUGCCUCACAAUAAGUUAAGUUAUAAGUGUUUUAAAUUUAAUGACCUUUAAUAAAAAAUUUUAAAAUGC